AUAACAAAGUACGAUAUAUUUCGCGAAUACUACAAUAAUGCAAAUGUUUCUUUCGCGUGUAAAUAUUACACCUGUAAAAGUGGUACGAAUGCAGAAAAUUUUGUAACAAACGACACGAAUAAAUCGACUCGAGUUAUAUCCAGCUAUCGAAUCUGCUGUUAUAUGUAAUCCGACGUUAGAUCUAAAUCUGUCGAAUAAAUCUAAGUCGGUUACAUCGUCGAGUAUCUUUUAUGUCUUAAGCGCGUCGUUAGGUACUAAUAUUUCACGUGGACAUUGUGGAACGCUGCAAAAAUCGCGUUCCAACAUUCGUAUGUAUCUAUAAAACAGCUGAUUCAGCGACGCGUAAUAACAUCAUGACGUCUUACGUUUUCACAUAGCCAGUUGACUUUUGCGAUUUGUCGAAACAUCAUCGUUACUCGAUAUAGUGCGUGAAGUAUAGGUUUUUUACAUGCAUAUAAGUUUAUCGAGAAUUCGUUUACAUCGACUAUAUACACAGAACACCUUAAUAACAGGAGACCUUUACGAGGAACACGGAAACGUUUCAUCGGUAUCAGGUAACACGUUGUUAAUAGACCAACAAAUCAAAGCUACUACUUCCCAAUUCUCCAUUCAUGAAACGAUAACCUGGACGAAUGAUGAUUACGAAAAUCUACACCUCGAAGUCAUCGUACUGAAAUUUGGAACGCCAUCCGGAAAAGACGUGAACAGUUCGUUUGCAAAAAUUACGAGAAAUUAUCAAGAAUUAUUUCCAACUAUUACCGAAGUUCCAAAUAUUCUCGAAAAAGAAGAAACAAAUAUCCAGCAUUAUACUCUGUAUUAA